CCUGAGCAUCGGCUGGAAGACAAAAUACAAUAUGCGUGAGUGCAUUUCCGUCCAUGUUGGCCAAGCUGGAGCACAGAUUGGUAAUGCAUGCUGGGAGCUUUACUGUCUGGAGCACGGUAUCCAGCCGGAUGGACAGAUGCCCAGUGAUAAGACAAUAGGAAGAGGAGACGAUUCCUUCAACACAUUCUUCAGUGAGACGGCUUCAGGAAAACAUGUUCCACGUGCCAUCUUUGUUGAUCUGGAACCCACCGUGAUUGAUGAAGUACGGACUGGCACCUACCGCCAGCUCUUUCACCCAGAACAACUCAUCACUGGAAAAGAGGACGCUGCCAAUAACUAUGCCAGGGGACACUACACCAUUGGCAAGGAGAUCAUUGAUUCAGUCCUCGAUCGUAUCCGCAAACUGAGUGAUCAGUGCACUGGCCUCCAAGGUUUCCUG